AUGCCCUCCAUCUCCAAGGUCGCUUUGACGGCUCUCGCCUCAGUCCAGGGUGCUCAGGCCUGGGGUGUUUUGGGCCACGCAACUGUUGCCUACAUUGCCCAGCACUAUCUCAACUCUGCUACGGCCUCAUGGGCUCAGGGCGUCCUUGAUGACUCCUCCAGCUCAUACCUGGCCAACAUCGCCUCAUGGGCUGAUGACUACCGAGCAACCACUGCCGGUAAAUGGUCUGCUCCCUUCCACUUCAUUGACGCUGAGGACAACCCUCCCAGCUCAUGCAACGUCGACUAUGACCGUGACUGCGGCAGCUCUGGCUGCUCCAUCUCGGCCAUGGCCAACUACACCCAGCGCGUUGGAGACGGACGUCUCUCCGCGGCCAACGUCCAGCAGGCUCUCAAGUUCCUCGUCCACUUUGUUGGCGAUCUGACCCAGCCCCUUCACGACGAGGCCUAUGAAGUUGGUGGAAACGACAUCAAAGUCACCUACCAGGGCUACAGCGACAACCUCCACGCCGACUGGGACACUUACAUCCCCGAGACUCUUAUUGGAGGCGACUCCCUGGCUGACGCCCAGACCUGGGCCAACACCCUGAUCGGCGACAUCACCUCUGGCGCUUACGAGUCUCAGGCCGCCAGCUGGAUCGACGGCGACGACAUCAACGAUGUCAUCACCACUGCCACCCGCUGGGCCAGCGACGCAAACGCCUACGUCUGCACCGUCGUCAUGCCCAACGGUGCCGCUGCCUUGCAGCAAGGCGACCUCUACCCUACCUACUACAACUCUGUGAUUGGCACCGUCGAGCUGCAGAUCGCCAAGGCCGGUUACCGCCUGGGCAACUGGCUCAACAUGGUCUACAGCGCCAACAUUGCCAAGCGUGACGAGGGCUCUGCCGAGGCCCGUGAUGCUGCUCCCCUGCCUGACCUGCUGGGCCGAGACUUGCUGCCCGCUGCUCGUCCUGCUACCCGUGCUAAGCUUGCGAGAGCGGCUAUGCAGGGCGCGUGCUGCAACAGCCGCGACCACGACCACAAGCACUAA